CUCGUUUUUGUUUUUGCCCGGUGUGGAAGGAUGUGCCCGCCCAUUUUUUUGGUGAUGGUGGUUGUGGAACAAGUAAAACAAUCUUCACUACUUAGAAAUGGAGCGCGAGCUCGCUUGCUCAGCCGAUAAAAACUGCGUCUUCCGCUCACUCGCUCCCCGGCCUCAAAUUUCAAAACUUCAACAGUUUUGAGCUCGUCGCCUCGAAAUAGUUUUGACAGCAAAAGUUGUACAGAAGUAAUCACUCAGUAUUGCCUUUGUCGACUGCGGCGCCCUGUGCAGCUUCCAUCAAUAACCUGCUCCUGCGGCGUUCAUCAUGAUAGUUUUGAGUUUUCGCAAUAACAAGAAAACCUGAUUGAUAUAUAAAAAGGAGAAGAUGCAUAUCAGUAAGAAGCCGGGAAGUAUAAUACAACGUUAGUUGAAAUAUAAAAAAUAGUAGAAUUGUUGCUGUACCCGAAUUGAUAUUCUCCAGGUUAAUGCGACCUCCACAGCGUCCAUCGUGGCCACCGCUCAGGCCGCGGCCUACCAGUCUGCUGGCAUGACCUCCGGCGUCAGUUGCGACUCGCUGACCGGCGUGCAGAAGUGCAGUUGCUUCGCGAACAAGUUUAUGCUGUGUAAAAGUAUCGCACUCGUAGUCUCGUACUAAUGCUAAUCGCAGUCGCGCAUGACAUCAAAUCUAUAAUUUUUCUAUCCUGAUUUAGCACUACAACAAAUUGCAAUUCCGCUCUUGAGAUCAUGUUUUGUAAUGCAAUUUAAUUGAAUAAUAUACUACGUGCGAUAUUUUUGCAAUGCAUAUCGUUCAACGAGGUGUGCCAAGCGACUAGCGGCGGCUACCAGGCGGCUUCGACGGCGUGGGCUGCCCAGAAGGGGUCCACCGGCACGUGCUACCUGCACAACGACUCGAAUUACUGCGCGAUGGCGAUGAUAUCAAAUGUAAAAAUGUCUGGGUCUGGAAAGAUGCAACUUAUGAUGCGCAUGUCACAUCACACAAAAAUCUGUCAUGCAUGUAAGCCAAAAGGUGCACAUGUCCGGCCACCGAAAAAAGGGCUUUGUCAUGCGGAUGACGCAUUCGGAGACCUUCUCAAAACCUGUCAUACUACGGCGUGCAUGGUAGACCUUCUCGGUCAUGCCAAAGCUGCAUCACAAACCUCUGCAUUUUUCCAGACCCAGACAUUUUUGCAUUUCAUAGAUGUACCAGAUCUACCACGUUUGCCAAGAAUUCUCGCACGGCGUGUCGUUCUAUGACAAUGCACAACUCCCCCUCCCCCUGAUUUGUCAUGUAAAAUACCAAGUCCGCCCUUUUCUCUUUGGCACAUCUUGCAUGACAGAUUUCGGAAGCCGAAACAGCACUCAACUCGGUCGCGAGUUUGUCAUGUUGCAAAAGCUGCAUUUAUGCCAGCACUUGUGUUGCCGUUUAUGCCAUUCAAAUGAAGGAGAGGGGGAGUUGUGCACUCUCAUACGUUCAGCUCCAUCGCGUUGGCCGAGGUGACCAAGGCCCAGACGGACCUGCAGUGCCUGAAGACCUUAUCGUGAGAAAAAAUCCCCCCUCCCCAUUAUACCAAAAAGAAAUACUUCUGAAAAUUUGUGAUGCUGAUUCGUGCACCACACAAAUCGUCUCUGUAUUGCGAGAAGGCCAAUCCAGCGACUCCGCCGCAUUAUGCAGGCGGUUUGUGAUGCAGCUAUGGGGCCUACAGAGUACAAAUCUGCCAUGCUACCCGCCUACGUCAAAGCCCUGCUCUACUUAGGCUUGGUAAUAUGGGCUACCUGUUGCAGUCCUCUACUGCAAGACAGACCUGAUCUGUGUACACAUCAAGUCCAGCGUCAGAAACUUUCUUUUGAUAUAAUGGGGACGAGGGGUGAUUUUUCCUUUUGAUAGACCUGGCCCGACACCUACUCCCCGCCCACGGCGCCGGCCGCCUUCCUGGCGACGACGCAAGGCGGCGCCUGCGAAGCCGCCUGGAAAAACUUCCAGGGAACCUGCGGGGCCGCCUCCAUGAACCCCACCUGGGCCGCUCAGAAUUGCUUGUCGUCCACCGCGUGCCUGAGUCUGGCCAGCGCGGCGCUGAUAGACUGCGUCACGUCCUGCGAAGCGCAAGCCCUUCCCACGUACCUAUCAAGUGCAAAAAUGUCUGGGUCUGGAAGGGUGCGCGAUUUGUCAUGAAGCUUUUCCAUGACCCAUGAGGUCUGGAUCUGGAAUGCAGGACCUAGCAUGACAGAUUGCGUGCCAUCUUUCUCAUGCCUAUCCUGCAUGAGAAACUCCCUCCCGACUUGGUCAAAAGUGGACGACUUGUGCUAAGCAUGCAACACAGAUUUUUGCAUGCUUCAGAUUUAGCAUGACAAGUUGCAUUCUUCCAGACCCAGACAUUUUUGCAUUUGAUAGUGCCAGUCGUGCUACUACGCCGAAAUGAUUCACGAGGACCUGCUGUGCACGACCAAGCAAGCCGUGACCUCCAUCAACACCAACAGCCUCACCACUCCACCGGGCGCCCAGAACAUCGACGCCCUGGUGAAGAUGGCCAUGCAGGGAUUGUUUCCCUACCCGACGCUUGACGCCACAGUGAACGUGUAUGGAAGUGUCAGGACCGAAAUCGUCAGAGUUGAAAUAAUUUGUGAUGCGUAAAACGGAUACCAGUUGGCGCCUAGUUUUCAAGUGGCGCAUGACAAAUUUGGGUAGAACUGAAAUCCAGUUUGUAAUGCUGCUUGGGUAAGGAAGACGCCUUUUGUAGUCAGGCUACUUUAGCAGCUCAAUUUUUACCCCUCGACAGGGUUGCAAUCUGCAUCCGUUGCGUCCUCUGCAAUAGAGGCAAUCUUUGCGUUGCAUUUUAUGCAUUACAAGUUAUUUCAACUUUGACGAUUUCGAUUCUGACACAUCCAUAACGUGGCGCCAGCGGGCACGACGGGCGCCGCGGUCACGAAAGCGUGCUACGACGCCGUCGCGGACCCGAACGGGUACGUGGUGACGGCCCUCAAAACUAUCAAAUGUAAAAAUGUCUGGGUCUGGAAGGGUUGGAACUUGUGAUGCAACCUUUGGAACACACAAAAAUUUCAAUUUGUGUUGCAUGAGCGCCAAAAGCUGUCCAUUUCUUGGCACGCAAGUAGGAAGUUUCUCAUGCGGGACAGGCAUCAUGAGGCGUGCUCAAAACCUGUGAUGCUUUCGCCUGCAUCAGACGCCACCUGCGUGAUCCGAAAUAUGGAUGACAAAUCUCAGAAUCUUCCAGACCCAGACAUUUUUACAUUUGAUAAAAACCGGGGAGAAGCCAUCCGUCUGCGGGUUCCUGACCAACCUCAAAAAAAUCGUCACGGAAUGCGAUAUGAACUGCAAAAGUAUCGCACUCGUAAUAUUAUAAAUGCAUUUUUACAAAUUUCCUCAGCAUGAGAGAGAAAAUUUGUAAUGCGGAUUUGCGAUAAGAAAAAGAUUUUGAUUUAUAAAUGCAUGAUUUUAUUGAUUGCAGUUACUACGAGUACGAUACUUUUGCACAGGAUAUGCGAUCCGAUCAAGCAACUGUCGCUCCUGAAGUACGGAACGGAAGCGACGGAGGCCCUCGCCUCCAUCAACUCCCAAAUCCAAAUCUGCGAGCGCACAAACAAAACCAACCUAUCGAAUGCCAAAAUGUCUGGGUCUGGAACUACAAGGUUGGAUGAACUUGUGAUGCUAGUAACUACUUUGGACGGUAAAAAAAUCUGUAUUGCAUGUUGACCAGCAGGAGGAGUCUGGUUUGUGCUACGGCGCCAGCGGCGGGAGGGCAUUUGUCAUGCGGUGUAGGCAUGAUCUUCAGGAAGCCCUCUAAGAUAAAUCUGUGAAGUAGAUGCUAGGUCGUGCAUUACAGACAUACUAGGUCGAGCAAAAUAUGCAUGACAAAUAAUUCGGCAACAUUCCAGACCCGGACAUCACUUUUGCACUUGACACAACGAGGAGAUCGACGAAACGGUGAUCAUUGUGAUCGUCGUCGUCAUAUGAACUGCAAAAGUAUCGUAGUAGUAUAAAUGUAAUUCUUGCAUUGUAAAUCUUUUUCUUAAGGUAAACCCGCAUUAGAGCGGGGUAACAAACCUCCCAUAAGAAGUUACCGGCUAACUUCUCAUCCACCCGGCCGGGUGGAUGAGAAGUUAGCCUCAGCGAGCCCGUCCGCGGUUGCUACCGCCUUCCCCGUCCGGCCAUCGCCCGUCCGUCGUUCCCAUUCCCAGGUCUCGGACUCGGCUGGAGGGGGGGGGUUGAGUACAUGUAAAAGUAAUUUAGCGCUUGACAUGCGGAGUCUCUAUAUGCAUGUAAAUCGAACCAGGAACCCUAAAUCCCUAAAACCCUGAAACACGACGUCGCGGCGAUCCGGGACUGAAGGAGGAAAGAAGAUUUUACGACGGCGGGACGGUGGGAGGUCGGAACAGCGGACGCGGAGGAGGACAUUUGAUGGUCCUAGGCCUAGACCUAGACCUACACCGAUUUGUCCGGGUGGGGACAAGCGAAAAGAAAAACUGCUUGGUGCCAGUUGGGCCCGGGAAAAAAGGAGAAAAAAGCAACAUAGUAAGCGAAUUAUGAAGCCAUUUGGAAAAAAGCGCUAUCAAAAAGCCUUGCGCCCUGAUCCUUUCGGGCGUGCACUCCCUUCAGGCUCUAAAGCUUCAGCAGUGCUGAGAGCGCUCCGGCCCUAAACCUCAAGACGGAUGUCAAGAGAUCUACGCACGUAUGCGCGCGAGCAGUUGGCUGCGAGUUAAACCUAUGCACUUUCCCCCCUGGUUACCCCCCUGGUUACUUCGUGUUGGUUGGUUUGGUUGCGAGUUAAACCAGACUCGCAAGGGGGGAAAAUCCAUAUCAACCAAACCAACCAACACGAAGGAACCAGGGGGGGGAAAAUGCAUAUCAAACAAAUGCUACUUACUUUUACAUGCAUGCUAGAGAUUCUGUCUAGGAGUAGAAAUGCGUAUCAAAUGCUACUUGUAGAGAUUCCGCGAAUUACUUUUGCGCGCAUAUAUUAAAGUGCUCAAUUCCUUUUGCAUGUACUCAACCCCCCCCCCUCCAGCCGAGAUCUGGGAAUGGGAACGACGGACGGGCGCGAGCCCGACGGGGAAGGCGGUAGCAACCGCGGACGGGCUCGCUGAGGCUAACUUCUCAUCCACCCGGCCGGGUGGAUGAGAAGUUACCCGGUAACUUCUUAUGGGAGGUUUGUUACCCCGCUCUUACAAAUUUUAUUUCUCAUGCUGAGGAAAUUUGUAUUGCAAUUUCUACUACUACGAACGAGACUUUUGCAGUUCAUACGUCAUCUCCGUCAUUGCGGUGCUCGGCAUCACGGCUAAUAAAUGCAAAAAUGUCUGGGUCUGGAAGGUUAGAACUUGUGAUGCUGGUUCUGGAUCAUGCAAAAAUCUGUGUUGCAUGAAAGCCAAAAGUUGUCCACUUUUGACGAAGGUGAGAGGAAGUUUCUCAUGCAGGCUAGGCAUGGUAGGGAUCCCACAGAAUCUGUCAUGCUAGGUCCUGCAUUCCAGACGACAUGGAUCAUGGAAAAUCUGCAUGACAAAUCGCGCAUUCUUCCAGACCCAGACACUUUUAGAUCUGAUAGCGGCCCUGGUCAUGCACUUCUCGCACGGCGCCCACAACACCACGCAAGACCUGCAGACCUCGCACUACGAACUCGCCCAGAAAACCGACGAGCUGCACGCCAAGACCGACGACCUGCACGCCAAGCACGACGUGUUGCACGAGAAAAUCGAAAAGUGAUCAUGGGAUGGAAGCAGCACAGUGGAAGAAGAUCGUCGCAGCUGCCCACUUCAUUUCCGCGUGAGGAGCAGCUUCUCAAAUCGGCAAGUAGGUCAUGAGGAGCCGAAAGACCUACUUAGUAUUUCCGGCAUCAAGGUCGUGAGCCGGGUAGACGAGUGUUGAGAUCUAAGUAUUGUUUACCUUCUAUUGUCUUUUAUGAUUAUUUGCACAAGAACAAGCGAAUUCCUAUUUCUUCUUAAACAAGCCAAUGCUGUUGCACUACUAUAAUUUGAAUUUCGUCGUCUCGAUCACGCCACUAAAUUUUCCAUUUUGAUCCUUACAUUAUCGCUCGUCGUCGCGUGGAGUUGAUUCCGUAUCCUUUAAAAUAAAUCAUGGUGUAUAGUAAAUAAAAAAUAAAAUCACAUCAAAAAUGUUACUGCUACAAACCAUUUGCUAUGAAGAUUUCGACCAAUUUUGUAAUAUUGCGUCUGCUCCUCUAAUGGUCAACAUGGGAGUUCUUGUAGAGGACUUUUGCAAUUCGCAUUUUAUUUCCGAGUAUAGCGUGAACUUUCUGGAAAGAACUCAAUACUUCACAACUUGAUGCACACUAACAAGAAUCAAUCUAGCUGCUCCUGCUUCUAGCCCAACAUCUUCACGAGUCCGCUCGACGCGCAUUUUAAGUAAUAUUUGGGAGGUGUCGUGCUAGAAUUGAUUCGAGGCGAUGAAUAGCGACUGAGGAGGAGGUCGUCUCGCUCGAUGUCGAUUACAUCUACAUACAAGAAUCAGGAAAGUCAGUCGAUCGGAAUAAAUCAGUGUCACUAACAUUUACAUUUUGCAUAUUUAUAGUUUACUAGCACCAUCUCUAUUAUUAUCGCCCCACAUGCAUCUCCCGCUCCCCAGAAAAGGUAGUACUAGUAGUAGCUCUUCAAGAAAAAUAUUUCUGUAGUAUCUGUAGAUGAUUUGUUCUUCUGUUCUAGCUCUGUCUUUGCUGAAGAUGAAGAUGGCCGGUUUUUAUUUCUUUGUAUGUUAAGUAAAAAACCAUUCCUGACUUGCCUCUGGCUCUGCAUGUCCAUCGACGGCACAGCGCACUUAGUUGCAAUUAGCAAGAAUUUUGAAGGUGCAUGUAGUGGCUUUUUCUUUUUGAUUUCAAACUUUGCCAGCGUCCAUCGGAAGUUUUUGAUACUUUAAUACAUGGAAAUAGUUCGAGUCUGUCGGAGUAAACGAGUGACGCAGUUGUAGUGUUGUCCCCGCAGUGCCAGAAGUGCUUGUGCUUUUUUCUCAUGUCAAGAAUCGAAUCGCCCUGCUGUCUAAGUUCAAGUAUACUCGUCACUAGCGUUUAUUUCUGGUUAGACACGACACACACAUCGGCGCCUAAUAUCUUCAGCAGGCUUGUAAUUAGUCUACAAUGAAAAUCCUUCCCCAGAGGAUGAAGACCUCCGAGAAGAUGCUGUAGACUAGAGAUCACAAAGUGGAAGUAGUGCAGCUGCGCUGAUCUAGUGGAGUUCUUGAAGCUGCGCCUCGUGAUCCAGAAGAUCAUGACCUCAGCAAGAAGUCGUGUUGAAAAAUGAAACAAGCCGGGAUGUUGAAAAGACAGAACGAGAACGAGAAUGAGAACGAGAACGCAACUACAACUACUUUGAUCCAAACAAUCAGGAGGUUGAAA